AUGGCCUCUUCAACAACAGUCAUUUUUAUCCCUGGCGCAUGGCACAACCCUCUGUGUUUUGACACAGUCAUUCAGGGACUAGAAGCCGAUGGCUACAAUACCGAUGUCGUUCACCUACCUUCUGUUGACCCGGUUAUACCCCAUUCAGAUUUCUCAGAAGAUGUGUCGCAGAUCAGGAAGCAGAUCGAGCUUGCUGCUAAUGCCGGGCAAAGGGUGAUUGUCGUGGUACACUCAUACGGUGGAGUUCCAGGCUGUGAAGCAAUUCGUGGUCUAGAUUGGGAAGCUCGCCAACUUAAGGGUCAACCGGGGGGUGUUGUUCACCUAUUCUUCUGCUGUUCAUUCAUCGUUCCCGAGGGAAAAUCACUGAUCAGUUCUUUCGGUGGUAAUGACCUUCCGUGGUUCGAUGUCUCAGAUGAUCGUUUGAUUGUGAACCCGGCUACCCCCAGAGAAACCUUCUAUAACGACAUGAACGAAGUGGACGCGAAAAGGGCGAUCGAUGAAUUGAGACCACACAGUUAUCAGACCUUUCAUAGUAACAUCACCUUUGCGGCUUGGAGGCAUGUGCCUUCUACGUAUCUCUAUUGCGUCAAGGAUGAGGCUAUUCCGCUUUUUGUUCAAAAGAUGAUGGUGGAGGAGGUCGCAAAGGGAGUUGAAAUUCACACCGAUGUCGUGGAUGCAUCACACAGUCCGUUCUAUACAGCUCCAAACCACGUGGUGGCUGCUAUUAAAAUGGCGGCGAGUUAG